AUGCCAACUGCAAAAGAUGAUCUUCCUGAUUUUCGUGAAGCUUUUAGUUUAUUUGAUGAUCGUGGUGAUGAUAAAAUUCCAAAAAAUCUAUUUGGUGA